AUGUCCACAGUUGCUCAUCAAUAUUCUGCGCCCCCCUCGAUGGCUCCACCGACUUCCGGAAUCGUUGCCGGCGAGGGCACUUUUGUGGGCGUUCCCUCGUCAACUCUUUAUGUCCAGAAUUUAAAUGAGAAAUCGUCGAUUUCCCUGCUCCAAAAGGAGCUUUUCUACGCAUUUUGUCCCUUUGGAAAGAUUCUGGAUAUCAAAAUCAAAAAAAACAUGAAAAUGAAGGGACAAGCUUUUGUUGCUUUCGAUUCGGUAGAAGAAGCCUCAAAAGCUCUUGUUGCUCGUCAAGGAAGCAUAAUCUUGCACAAGCCCAUUGUUGUGCGAUUCGCUCGGUUUAAAUCCUACAUUUCUUCAAAAAAGGACCAAGAUUAUGAAGAGCAGCGUUCUAGGCAAGAUGAAUACAAAAGUACCUUUGCAGUGUCUAACAUCUAUUAUAGGGAGCCAGUCUGCGAUCCAGAAGCCAACCAGGUCACAACUGUUGCAUCAAAUCUCGACGUCCCAAACAUCCCCUCCUUGGAAGCCCCGGAAGAAAGGCUCAACUCGCUCUUCGCGAGCCACCUUGGGUUCAAAGAAGUUCGUCUGGUGCCCUCCAAAAAGGAUAUUGCGUUUGUAGAAUAUGAAAAUGAUGUUUUCGCAAAUGCUGCUCGAUUGGCGCUCGAUAAAUACCAGAUUUUACCUUCUCACGAGAUUCGGACGGGUUUCGCAACCAAUUAUGUGCCAACAAAAAUCGCCUAUUAA